AUGAAUCCUCAAGCACCCAUUUUAUAUGGGUUACCAAAAAUACAUAAAGAACAUGCUCCUAUUCGUCCAGUUGUCUCAUAUAUUGGUGCACCAGCUUAUUUCCUUGCUAAAAAAUUAAACUUCCUCCUUCGACAGAAAUCUGGAUUCAACCCCACUUACAGCCUAAAAAAUGGCUUAGAUCUCAUUUACAAAAUAAAAGAUAUUCGUAUUCCUCCUAAAUCCAUAUUGUUAUCUUUAGACGUUGAUAGUCUUUUCACAAACGUCCCAUCCCCGGACUGUUUGCAUAUACUCGCAGAUCUCUUUCAUAAACGUCGUCUACAUCCCGGGGAAACAAAUGAUCUUCUUAACUUAACCUCUCUCUGUAUGAAACAAAACUAUUUCCGGUUUGAUAACCGUUUCUAUCUACAAAAAGAAGGGUUAGCUAUUGGGUCCCCUCUAAGUCCCCUUAUGGUGGACAUUUUCAUAGAUAAUUUCGAAAAACAACAUAUAGUUGUCAUACAAAAUAUCUUAUAUUACUAUCGAUAUGUAGACGACAUAAUUAUUUGCUGGACUGGCACAAGGAGACAACUGGAUGUUUUCCUCAAUAAAAUAAAUAGAGUCCAUGACAAAUUUAAAUUUAAACUUGAAUUGGAACAAGAUUGUUCCCUUAAUUUUCUCGACUUAACAAUAACAAGAAAAGAAUCGUCACAUGUUUUCCAAAUUUAUCGAAAACCAACUCACACCGACACGGUCAUCCCCGCGUUAUCGUAUCAUCCGUGGCAACAUAAAGUAGCCGCUUUUUAUUGUUACAUUAACCGUUUGUUCACUGUCCCAUUAAGUAAAGAAAAUUAUUUAAAAGAACUUAAUAUAAUUUAUCAAAUAGCGGUCUCUAACGGUUAUUCGAAAAAUCUCAUUAAAAAUUAA